AAUUGGGGACAAUAUUAUUCUUCAACAGCCAGAUUGUAACCUACUCAGUUAGCACACAGAUUGGGCAUUUCUCGCAACUAAGGAAACGAUGGAAGAACCUAAAAUACCAUGUUGACAAAUAAAGAGCAAUGACUUUUAUUUUACUUUUAUUUACUUUUAUUUUUGGAUCAGGCUAUGUAAAUAAGUUUGUACAGUAGAUAUAUAUUUCUAUUUUAUCCGUUAUGUAUGUAUGUUGGUUAUGAAUCGUUUGCCUUAGUUUACUCUUAUUGACGGACCUACAUACAAUAAAUAUAUGUAUUGACUUAUCUUUCUCAUUCAGAAAAUUGGUAACAUAAAAUUCAAUCGAAUCUACAAAUAUGUUUUUUGAGCUAAUAAAAACUUGAUAACCCAAUUGUAUUGUAUUGUAUUUUCACACCGAUUAACCUGACAAAUCAUUUAUUUGACGGCGAUACCAUGUCCUGGUUUACAUCAAUGUAAACAGUAAAUGCAAUCAGCCCGAUGGGCUCCUUAUAUAUUUAUGUGGUAUACAGUUACCUGUUUAGUAGCAGGAUGGAUUUAAUCGAGCAAGUUUCAAAGUAUGGAAUGAAAAUAUGGCAAAUCAAUCAAUACUUAUUCAAAAAUUUGCAACACAUUCUGUUUACAAAACUGGAAAAAUUCUGGGGCAAGGAUCUUUUUCUGUGGUUGAUAAACGAAUUUUGGGGGUAAUUAUGUCGCUAUUAAAACAAUAAGAAGGCAAAGCAAUAUACUUUGUCAAGUUAACGAAAUUAAUAUUUUAAGUCGGCUUUGCCAUGAUAAUGUUGUUAAAAUGUUUGGUGUCCUUGAUGAUCCAGAUCCAGAUACCAAAAUCGUACUGGAAUAUCUAGAAUGCGGUUGCUUAUUUGAAUAUGUGUUAAAGACAGAAAUGACUGAGUCGGAUCAACUAAUUAUACUCAAAGGUAUCUCCAAAGGUAUGCAAUAUCUGCACGAGAUGAAUGUGAUCCACAGGGACCUCGCAUCCAGAAAUAUAUUGUUGGGGUCGCAAUUGACUGCAAAAAUUUCAGAUUUUGGGUUCAGCGUGCUUACAACUGUUGCCAAUUUUUACGCAUAUUUCGAAUAUUCGAAAGAAGAACUUAAUCGCAUGCCAUAUCGCUAUCUUCCUCCUGAGAGCGUUGCAGGGCUACUUGAUACACCUGGGACAAAGUGCGUCUACUCUAAAUCUGGAGAUGUUUGGUCAUAUGCUGCAAUAAUUUAUGAAAUGAUGGUGCCCGGGAAGGUUCCAUUUCAUGAAUUGGGACAAACAAUGUGGUGGAAAUUGUACGACGAAUUUGCAAAGGAUUCUAUCCAAUGUGUUGCCCUACCAAAUCAAAUAGCUUUAUGAGUAAUUUAUCACAAGCAAUAUUUAAAUGUCCGCGAGAUCAACGACCGACUUUCGAAGAGAUUCUAAAGACCAUUGAGAAUCGUCUGGAAUGUUAUCCGUCAAUGAUUUCGCAAUUUCACAUCAGCCAAUCUCCCAAGCACAAAAAACCGAAGAUGGAACCAACAUGACCAACGUUGCUUUAGGGAGUGUGGACAGCGGGAUUGGUAGCACAUCAUUUAGCAUGGAUAGUACUUGUGAUAACGACGAAUUGGACCAAUUAAAGAACUGUUCCGAUAUUAAAGCUGCAGUUGUGCUUCAAAAUGUCACAACCGUUUUGCCCGACAUGGAUUUUGCAGAGGGAAUUUUUAAAAAGUUUGGAAGACCGAACCUUAAAAUUAAUGCGAUUAAAAGACUAAGCUCUAAAUCACUCGCGAUCGUGGUUAAGAGCAGAUCCAGUAAUACAACAAUGAAUCCUGAAAUGAUUAAGGCCUUGUCCUCCAUGGUGAAUGACAUUAAAGCAUGCUCCUCUGUGUACAGUAGUUCAAUAAAGGUAGAUUUAUAUAAUCGUGAGGAAUUUAA